AUGAAGACCUACCGAGUUCACCGCAUCUUCAACAACGAGUCAAAGCUCUCGAGAAUAUCCAUCACCGACAGGCAACUGGUUACCUGGGUGGUGAAACUCGUGGCCGUGGACGCGGUCUUCUUGCUUCUCUGGGCGAUAAUGGACAGGCCACAGAGGUCGGACAUAUCCGAAACCGUGGGCGACAUCGAGGUGACCAACUGGAAGUGCGUGGGGGCGUCCGGCACCUCGGUUUUCCGCGCAAUACUGUGGUCCUGGAAGGCCUGCUUGAAUUGCUUCGGAGUGAUUAUGGCAGCAAAGACGUGGCACUGCGAAGACGGCGUGGGGGAGUCUCAACCCAUUUGCCUCUGCGUCUACAACACAACGUUGCUGGGGCUGAUCAACCUCGGCCUUCAGGUGUUCCUGGAGGACACUAGCGUCGCCGUCAUAGGAGUAGGGGCUAGCGCUUUCACCUUGAUCGGCGGAACGGUCUUCGCUGUCUCCGUGCUCUUCGUACCGAAGGUUUACCAGCUGUGGAUGUACGGCGACCUUCCAGCCAACCCCGCGGAGCGCAGGGGGUCCACCACCAUGACCAACACACACUCGUUCGGUCGCCGCGGCUCCGUCACCAAGAACACUGGCAGCGUCAGUGGCGGCACCGGCGGCCGCGCCGGCAGCGGUGGCGGCGGUGCGGCGGAGGGGCGUCGGAAGAGUAGUGUGAACCUGGGGCGUCGGAAGAGUAGUGUGACCCUGAACCUCAACUUCAUGGGCGUGGGGAAGAUCGCGCCCAUCACGGAGGACAAGAACGCCAAGGGAGAGAAAGAUGAGGAGCAGGAGGACGACGAGAAGGGCGGGGAGGGGACCGCGGUGGUGGAAGAGGACGGCGGGUCGCGCUCCACAAUGAAACCUCUUGAUCCAAGGUCUGGGGGAAUUUCCGGCGGGGCGGUUGUGCAGUCUAGGGGUUAG